GAGAAGUGCAUAACCAGUCUAAAGUCCAUCAAAAGCUGCUCCGCAUACAGAUCAGAGGGAUUUCACAACAUAGCAGACUGCUACGUUAAACCAAGAUGGUGAUUAUGUCUGGAACAUACACGCUGGGGAUCAUAUGUCUGGUCCUUCUGAUUGUUCUGUUGGCCUGCAUCAUGUACCAUCCACUGAAGAAAUACUUUCAGGACUGGAACGAUUUGAGGCCAAUCCCUGGAGUGGAUGGAGCUUAUCCAAUCAUUGGGAAUGCACUUCUGUUCAGCACUAAUGCAGGAGAUUUCUUCAACCAGAUUAUUGAAGGCACUAAGGAGUUCAGACAUUUACCAUUGCUGAAGGUUUGGGUUGGACCCCUGCCAUUGGUGGUCUUGUUUCAUGCAGAGACUGUGGAGGGGAUUCUGCACAGUUCCAAACACAUAGACAAGGCAUAUUUCUAUAGGUUUAUGCAGCCUUGGCUUGGGACUGGCCUGCUCACCAGCACAGGGGAUAAGUGGCGUGGCAGAAGGAAGAUGUUGACCCCGACAUUCCAUUUCUCCAUCUUGGCUGAGUUUCUGGAGGUGAUGAAUGAGCAGGCUGAGGUUUUAACACAGAAACUGGAGAAGCAGGCUGGAGGAGAUCCAUUCAACUGUUUUAGCUACAUCACACUCUGUGCUUUGGACAUUAUUUGUGAAACGGCAAUGGGAAAGAACAUCUACGCACAAAGUAACAGCGAGUCUGAGUACGUCCGCAGUGUGUACAAAAUGAGUGACAUCAUCGGACGUCGCCAGAGAGCUCCCUGGUAUUGGCCAGACUUCAUCUACAGUCUGUUAUGGGAGGGGAAGGACCAUGACAAUAGACUGAGGAUCCUCCAUUCAUUCACUCAGAGUGUGAUCAAGGAGAGAGCAGAAAGCAUGGAGAAUGCAGGUUCUGACAGUGAAUCUGACCAUGGCAUCAAAAGGAGAAGACUUGCCUUCCUGGACAUGCUGUUAAAAGCCACUGAUGAGGAGGGAAAUUACUUGAGCCAUAGUGAUAUCCAAGAGGAGGUGGACACCUUUAUGUUUGAGGGCCAUGACACCACAGCAGCCUCUAUGAACUGGGCCCUUCACCUACUGGGAUCCUACCCUGAGGUCCAGACCAAGGUCCAGGAGGAGCUCCAAGUGGUGUUUGGUUCCUCCAACCGUUCGGUCACCGUCGAUGACCUGAAGAGGUUACGUUACCUUGAAUGCGUCAUCAAGGAGACCCUUCGCCUCUUCCCCGCCGUGCCCAUGUUCGCACGCACCGUAAGCGACGACUGUCACAUCAAUGGCUUUAAAAUUCCUAAAGGAGUGAAUGCCCUGAUCAUUCCCUUUGCCCUGCACCGCGAUCCACGAUACUUCCCGGAUCCCGAGGAGUUCCGGCCAGAGCGUUUCCUGAUAGAGAACAGCACAGGACGACAUCCCUACGCAUACAUCCCCUUCUCCGCUGGACCCAGGAACUGCAUCGGCCAGCGGUUUGCCAUGAUGGAGGAGAAGGUGGUGCUGUCUUCGGUGUUGCGUCACUUCUCCGUGCAGGCCUGCCAGAGCCGAGAGGAGCUGAGACCUCUGGGUGACCUCAUACUCCGACCAGAGAAGGGUAUUUGGAUUACGCUAGAGAAGAGACAAUGCUAGAGAAGAGAUGCUAGUCUCCCCCGGCAAACAGCUCUACUAUAAUACUAUGGUACUUUGUCAUGUCGUAAUACAUUGUUUGGUUGUAGCCUCUUUUUCAAUCUUGUGUCUAUAUUAUAGCAAGUGUUUUUUUAAUAAAUACAAAUUAUGUAUGAAGGUUAAAUUAAUUUCUUUAGUUGAAUAAAGUAAAACAAAGGGAUUCUGGUUGGAUAAAUAUAUUUGCUAAAUCAGUGUUUCUGACCUAAUGAUUCAGCUCCAGUGACGACCCUUAAUUCAGGGCAGGUGUGGCAGAGCCCCGUUCAGCAAAAAUUAAAGUGCCUGUUAUUUUGGCUUUAAUAUGUAUCACAUCAGUUUGCAAACAAUGUAAAAAAACAUAAUUGAGUUAAUAAAGCCGCUUACAAACAUGG